GGUCGCAGACUGAGGGGCAGCUGCAGACAACAGAGACGAUAUUAGGAUAUACUUCAUCUAAAACAAAGAAAGUUGUGGCGAUGUCAGCCGGGGAGGACGGUGCCCAGCUGCAGUGCUGUGUGACGGUGGAGCAGCUCAACACCUCCGGCCAGGCCACCCGGAGGCAGGUCAUCCGCAAAGCCUCUGUUCUCCUGGGCCGGAACGAGUUCCAGGAGAUCGUCCUCCGUGUCCACGAUGGAAAAGUCCCGCAGAGUUACCGUCUCAAAGAGUUCAAGCUUUUUACCAAUUUCGUCAGAGAUGGGAAGUGCACCGUCAAACUGCUCCCCGAAAACAUCCAGGUGCUCAUCUCUAACUGCCCCCCCGACCAGCUGAAGCUCUUUCUCAAAACCCUGAGCAUCAAACACCAGGCCGGGCAGAGCAGCAAGCCUCUGACUGAGCGGGAGAAGCUGAAAGCCGGCCUGCCCCGCAGCUUCGAGGCCAUCAGCCCGCUGCAGCAGAAAGACAUCCAGAAGGUCAACGAGCUGAGAAGCAGAGCGGCUCCUGCAGGGCUGGCAGACCGCACCAACAAGACCACCGCUGCAAGACCAGGACAGCAGGUCAAAAGGUCGAGGAGUGACAGCAACUUCAGCCCGGUGAAGACCAACCCAAGUAAGAAGCCCAUCCUGUGUCUGCCAUCCCGGCAGCUGAAUAAAGAGCAGGCGGCCGUCCUCAGUGCUGUGCUGAGUGGCAAGAACGUCUUCUUUACUGGAAGUGCGGGUACAGGAAAGUCCUUCUUGCUGAAGAGGAUCAUGGGAUCUCUUCCUCCGAAGAGCACCUUCGCCACAGCCAGCACAGGAGUGGCUGCUUGUCACAUUGGAGGGACAACAUUGCACAACUUUGCCGGUAUCGGCUCCGGCUCUGCCCCUCUGGAGCAGUGUGUCGAGCUGGCUCAGAGGCCCGGGGUGCUGCAGCACUGGACCAGCUGUCGACACCUCAUCAUCGACGAGGUCUCCAUGGUGGAGGCCCAGUUCUUUGACAAGCUGGAGUCAGUGGCCAGGUCGGUGAGGAGGUCUACUGAGCCGUUUGGAGGCAUCCAGCUGAUCAUGUGUGGCGACUUCCUCCAGCUGCCUCCUGUGUCAAAGGGAAAAGAAAAGGCCGGCUUCUGCUUCCAGGCCAGGAGUUGGCGUAAGGUCAUCCAGCUCAACAUGGAGCUAACAGAAGUGCGAAGGCAAACGGACCAGUCCUUCAUCUCCCUCCUGCAGGCGGUGAGGGUUGGAAGGGUGACCGAAGAAGUCACCGCCAAGCUAAUGGAAAGCGCCUACCAUCAGAUCGAGAGGGACGGCAUUCUAGCGACCAGGCUGUGCACACACAAGGACGACGUGGAGCUCACAAACGAGAACAAACUCCGGCAGCUGCCAGGGUCAGUGCGUGUGUUUGAGGCACUGGACAGUGACCCAGCCCUGGUGAAGACUAUAGACGCUCACAGCCCCGUCAGCAGACUGAUCCAACUCAAAGUGGGAGCUCAGGUCAUGCUGACGAAGAAUCUGGACGUGGCUCGAGGUCUGGUGAAUGGAGCGCGAGGGGUUGUGGUGGCUUUUGAGUCUGGAAAACAUGGGCUCCCGCGCGUGCGUUUCCUGUGCGGCGUUACAGAGACGCUGAAGCCCGAGCGUUGGGUGUUUAAGUCCGGCGGUGGGAUCCACCUGAGUCGACAGCAGCUGCCCCUCAAGCUGGCCUGGGCCAUCUCCAUUCACAAGAGCCAGGGAAUGACACUGGACUGUGUGGAAAUCUCUCUGGCACGUGUGUUUGAGAGCGGCCAGGCUUACGUGGCCCUGUCCCGAGCUCGGAGCCUGGAGGGCCUGAGGGUCAUGGACUUCGACCCGCGUGUGGUCAGGGCGGAUCCAGAUGUGCUCGUCUUCUACAAGAGACUGAGGAAGGAGCGGCUGCUCAUGCAGGCCUCCAUGGAUGAUUUUGUUGGCGGCAGCAACAAAGAAAACUUUGUGAGAAGGUGAAUCCAUCUUCAUCUUCUGUGACAUUAUGCACUGUGUGCAUGUUAUCGUCCUGUUUUUAUUUCUCUGGGGACAGUUUGAGUUUCUUAAAUGACUGCUGCCGCACGUGUUUACAUUCACUGUCUACCUCACCAUCCCUGUUUAAACUGGCAGUGCGAAAAGUCACACUGCCACCUUCUGAUCAUUGUUGUAAUUGUCCUUUUUUAAGAGCCUCUUUUUACGCCUUGGUUUUUUAUUUAUUAUCAUGAUUGUUUGCAUGUAUUCAAGUAAAGUUUUAGUCAA